ACCACGUAAAAACCUUUAUUGCUACAAUCACGAACAUUUGAUUUUUUUUUUCACAUACAAUGUUUUUUUUUAUAAUGUUGCAACGACGACGGUGGAGGCAAACUUAGGCAACGGCUACGUCAUCGGCGAGCGAUUUAUGGAGCUUGCCGGGGGUGCUCUGGCAACAAUAUAAUAGACCUCGAUCACUGAAUCACCACGCUCUUGGUUAUACUGAUCUACGCUUGUGUGGUCAUCUCAGGUGACUUCGGAAGGCAGCUCCAGCUUAUUCCGAAGUCAAGGUCGGCCCCUACGGCCAGCUGAAAGCAUGGAGCUCGCCGUCGGCGCCUCCGAGAGCGCCAUGAGCUCGCUGCUGGGCAAGCUCGGCAGCCUCCUUGCCCAGGAGUACACGCUCAUCAGCGGCGUCCGCAGCGAGAUCCAGUACAUGAACGACGAGCUCGCCAGCAUGCACGCCUUCCUCCGCAAGAUCGGGCGCGCCGCCGCGGCCGGAGCCACCCACGACGAGCAGACCAAGGACUGGAUCGAGCAGGUCCGCGACGUCGCCUACGACAUCGAGGACUGCGUGGACGACUUCGCCCACCGCCUCGGCCGCCAGCCCCGCGGCGAGGGCCUGCUCGUCAACCUCCGCCGCACGUGGUACGCCAUGACCACGCUCUGGGCGCGCCGCGACAUCGCCACCAAGAUCAUCGACCUCAAGAACCGUGCGCAGGAUGUCGGCGAGCGCCGCACGAGGUACGGCGUGCAGGACCCCAGCAGGCAGCCCAACUCCGGCCGCAGGUCCAGCCGAACGCCAGCCCGGCCGUACACGGCCGACCACCUGCAGUCACCCAACCCGCGGCUCGUCGGCAUGACGAAGCCGGUGGGGCAGGAGGAGGCCGUCGCCAACCACGGGGAAUGGCUCGCGGAGGCGCGGGCUGACCAGAGGGUUCUUGCCAUCGUCGGAUUCGGCGGGCUCGGCAAGACGACAAUGGCGUUAGAGCUGCAGCGGGUGUUUGGGGAGAAGUUCGAGUCUCGAGCGACGGUGCAGGCGUCGCAGAAACUGAACCUUGAGUCGCUGCUGAGAGAGAUUCUGAAGCAGGUCAUGCCGCAGCAAGAGCCCGAGCGCAAAGGUGACGCCCGCGGCGGCGGCGGCGCCGCCACAGAUAGCCGUACUGAUGGGAUGCAGAGGUGGACCGUGAAGCAGCUUAAGGAGAAGCUCAAAACACAACUCGAGCAAAAGAGGUACUUUCUCUUAGUGGAUGAUGUAUGGUCCGUAUCUUCAUGGACAAAUAUAUGGGAAUCUUUGCCUAAAAAUCAAAAUGGUAGUAGCAUAGUGGUGACUACAAGGUUCAAGUCUGUGGCCAACACCUGCAGCCAUCAACAAGGUCGUAUCCAUAUGCUUAAACCACUCUCUUAUGAGGAGUCCAAAAAACUGUUCUUUGAAAUUAUUCAAGAUCAAGAUCCGGGGCCAGAUGAAUUUAUGAAAAUCAAGGAGGAUAUUAUAAGGAACUGUGGAGGUCUUCCAUUGGCUAUAGUUGUAGUAGCAGGGCUCCUAGCCCGAAGAGACCUAAACAAUGUGAGCCAUUGGAAAACAGUGAAAGAAUCUCUAAAUUCAGAAUUGGACAAGAACCUGAACCCUGAGGGAGUGACGCAAAUUCUUAAUCUAUGCUACAACGACUUGCCAGCUGAUCAGAAAAAUUGUUUGUUGUACUUGAGCAUAUUCCCAAAGGGCUGCAGCAUAAACAGGAGGCGUUUGACAAGGCGAUGGAUAGCUGAAGGUUUCAUUGUUGAGAAGGACGGGAAAACUGUUGAGGAAGUUGCUGAGGACACCUUUAAUGAGCUCAUCAGCAGGAAUAUAGUUCGGCCAGUGGACCACAGCAGCAACGGAAAUGUGAAGGCUUGCCAAGUUCAUGAUAUGAUCCUUGAAUAUAUUUUGUUUAAGUCAAGUGAAGAGAAUUUCAUCACUGUAGUUGGAGGCCACUGGCUCACACCAACACCAAGCAACAAAGUCCGCCGCCUUUCACUGCAUAGCAGCAAUCCAGAGGAUGCAAAAGACAAAAUAGAAACCAUGAACUUGUCACAUGUCCGGUCAUUAACAGUGUUUGAGAAUUUACACCAGCUGCCUUCUUACUCAUUGAAGUCUGGAAUACUACAGGUGCUUGAUCUGGAAGGUUGCAAGAGCUUAAAUACUAGUCAGCUGGACAAAUUGUGCAAGAUGUUUCAUUUGAAAUAUCUGAGCCUACGCAGGGCAUACAUCAAGAAGCUCCCAGCAGAAAUAGGAAAACUUCAAUAUUUGGAGACACUGGAUAUUAGGGAGACAGACGUGAUGGAGUUGCCUUUAUCUGUUGGGCGGCUCCAAAAAAUGGUCCAUCUGCUUGGUGGCAAUAAAUCCACCCGUCGUGCCUUGAGAUUCACUGAAGUAAUUGCAAAGAUGACAGCAUUACAGACACUGUCAGGGAUUGAGAUAAGUAAGAGCUCAACUCCAGACCUUGGAAGCAUGCAUAACCUCACCAAACUGAAGAAGUUAAGCAUCCUCAAUAUUAGAGACCUUCAUGCAAACAGCCAAAAGUAUGAUGAUUUACUCUCUGCCAUUGAGUACCUUAGUGGCUUCUCACUAAAGUCUCUUGCAAUUGAUGAUGGUUUCACUGGCUUUCUUGAUUCAAUUGAGGAUCUAUCCACUCCCCCAAAAUACAUCCACUCACUUGAGCUUUCUGGCAAACUGACUCGUGUGCCUGGAUGGAUCAAGGAGCUGGAAACUCUUGAGAAGUUAACUUUGUCAUUGACUUCGUUGGGGACGGAUAUGUUUCUAGAACUUUCCCAGCUUCCUUUGUUGUUUUCUCUCACAUUUUCAGUAAAUGCAAAAGGACAGGAUCACAAUCUCGUGGAGAUUCUUCAUAAGAACACAAUGGAUUCAGGAGGCAAGAUCUUUGUUCCGGCUGGUGGAUUUGGGAGUCUUAAACUACUCAGGUUCUCAUCACCGGUGAUGCCACUGCUGAGCUUCCUAGAAUGGGCAAUGCCGGCGCUUCAAAGACUAGAGCUACAGUUCAGGCUACUGGAAGGUGCUUAUAGUCUGGAGAACCUUAAAAGUCUUCAGCAAGUGCACCUUAGAGUCAGCCAGAAGGCUUCUGAAGCUACCAAGGUGAAGGUGUCUGAUAUCAGGACUUCAGUAAGUAAGCAUCCAAAUAACCCCACAGUGGUAGCUGAUGAGUACUAUGAAUGAUCAAAGCUGAAAGAUUGUUGUAUUUUUCAUCCUACAAGCAGCAGUAUCUGCAAGAAGCUGUGUUGUGUGAACAUGCAUGUUAUUUUUGAGUUUGAAUAAUAGCCCCAUUGGGCUGACUGUCUUGUGUGCAAAAUCUAAACCAAGUUCUUGUAAGUGUCCCAGUUGCUGUAUGAU